AUGGGGCUCACAUAUAGCCACCUGGACUCGGGGGGGAGCGCGGUGCCCAUGGGUGGGCCUCCGCUCUCGCCGGGGGUGCAGGCGGCCUUCGCGAGCAUCCAGGACAAGAACAAGGAGCAGGAGGAUGCGCCGCCGGCGCAGGAGGCGAACCAAGGCGGCCCGCCGCCGUUUGAGCAGCUCAGCCGGGAAAUCCAGACCGUGCUGCGGCCCGAGAUCUUCGACGGCCUAUCAUUCAGCCUCAGCAAGCAGCUCAACCCCAUGUUCGUCGUAUCGCACCAGGUCGCACUAGGCUCCGAGAAGCCGCCCCCCCAAGCGCUCCAGGGCCUGCCCGCCGCCGCGCAGAACAUGCGCGUCCCCACCUCCGGCUACUCCCUCGGCACCAUCCUCUGCUCCAAUGACGCGUUCAUCCGCGCCGACGUCGGUCACGACGGCCGCCUGCAGGCCCGCGCCAGUGCGAACUACGUGCCGUGGCUGAACCCGCUGGUCCAGAUGUCGAUCACGCCCGACGGCGACACGACGGUGUACGGCGACCUGCACGUGCUGGGCCCGUGGUGGAACCUGACGGGCAAGUUUGGCGCGUCGGACGGGCACCUCGCGUCCUUCCUGUCGGGGCAGACAGCGGUCAAGGUGUCCGGCAAGUGGGUGCUCGGCGCGGAGGUCUUCACGCUGCCGUACCGCGGCAUCCAGGGCGCGAGCUUCGCCGCGCAGUACGCGGACGCCAAGAACACUGCGUGCCUCCAGGUGGGAUCGACGGGCGUGAUGCAGGCGUCGUACCUGCGCAAGGUCAGCGAGAAGGCGCACUUGGGCACCGAGAUGCUCGCCAUCGCUGGGCGCGAGUUCACAACGACUGUCGGGUACGACUACCGCUUCCGACAGGCGCGGCUGCGGGGCGGGCUGGAUAGCACGGGCAAGAUCUACCAGCUCGUGGAGGAGCGCAUGGUGCCGGGCGUGACGUUCCUGCUCAGCGCGGAGAUCGACCACAGCUCCAUGGACCACCGAUUCGGGUUUGGCCUCAAUUUGGGGGAGUCGUAG